GUUCAGUGUCCCGUUUGGAUGCGCCGUACACUAUGGUUCACAUCAAUGUGUUGAAAAAAUUCGUGUGUGUUCUUGUGGUGAUACUGGUAGCUCUGACAGUUUGCCUGUGGAGAGAGACGAGAAGAAGCUACUAUGUUCCUUUCAAGACCGCGAGUGAUGAUUUGCAGGUUCAUAGGACUUUGGAAAAAUGGAACCCGCUUAAAUCGCAGAGCCUUUUCCAUGAAGCAGCCGGUGAAUUGGGUCAGAUACCCAAAACUUGGUUUAGUAACAACAACAGAGUAAAAGACAGCACCUCUGGAACAGCUGAAAAGUCCAAGAAAGCAGCAGACUCUCUGAAGGUAUGGGAUGAGGACAGUUCAUCCAGAAAUCUCAUACCCAGGCUACAGAAGGUCAGAAAAAACUACCUGUCCAUGAACAAGUACAACGUAGCUUACACCGGAAAGAGGAACGCUGCUAAACUCAGCCCAGAGAAGCUGCUCUGCCAGCUGCGGGACAGGGUGAACGUGACCAUGAUACAGGGGUCAGAUGGUCCUUUUGAUACCUCUGAAUGGCAGCAGUACCUACCAGGGAAAAGCCUCAAUGAAACAGUUGGCCGUCUGGAUCGCUGUGCUGUUGUGUCCUCAGCAGGGUCUCUGAAAUCAUCUCGUUUGGGACAAGAGAUAGACAGCCACGAUGCUGUCCUGCGGUUCAACGGGGCUCCUAUCAAGGGAUUUCAAGAAGACGUGGGGCAAAAGACAACGAUUCGUCUUGUGAACUCCCAGCUUGUAACGGUUGAGGAGCAGCAGUUCCUGAGGGAUGCGCUAUAUAACACUGGAAUCUUAAUUGUCUGGGAUCCAGCACCGUAUCAUGCGGAAAUUCAUGAGUGGUACAGAAGACCAGACUACAACUUUUUUGAAAGCUAUAAGCUGUAUCGUAGUACACAUCCAGAGCAGCCCUUCUAUAUCCUAAAUCCAAAAAUGCAGUGGCAGCUCUGGGAUGUCCUGCAGGAGAAUUCCCUUGAGUAUAUUCAGCCUAAUCCACCGUCAUCAGGAAUGCUUGGCAUCGUCAUCAUGAUGACGCUCUGUGAUGAGGUGCACGUCUACGAGUUUCUCCCUUCCAAACGGCAGACGGACAUUUGCCACUAUUACCAGAAGUUUCACGACCGUGCCUGUACCAUGGGAGCUUACCACCCCCUCCUGUUCGAGAAAAACUUGGUGAAGCACAUAAACCAGGGCACAGAUGAGGACAUCUAUACUCACGGGAAAGUCACGUUGCCCGGCUUCCGAAACGUGCGUUGUUAGUGGAGCAGUUUUUAGUGUAUUUAGGAAUUUUUCCUUGAUUUGUCAGAGCACUUUUUAAAUCAGGGUUGUCAGAUUUGUUAGGUCUAAGCACUGGUGUGUUUUGACAGCUCUUCCGUGUCGCA